CACAUCUGCACUUCAAUCUGAGCGUGGUGCGUCAGUGCUGACAGGUACAGCUGCAGUUUCAUUCACACACAGGAGGAGAACUACUACACUUGACUACACUUUAGCCCUCUCACCGACUGAUCCACACCAGCUCCAGCAACAUGCCAAAGUGUCCGAAAUGCAAUAAAGAAGUUUACUUCGCCGAGAAGGUGACGUCAAUGGGGAAGGACUAUCACAGGCCCUGUCUGAAGUGUGAGAAGUGCAACAAGACCCUGUCAGCAGGCUCACAUGCAGUGCACGAUGAAAAGCCUUACUGCCACAACCCCUGCUACAGUGCUCUGUUUGGACCUGGUGGCUUCGGUCGUGGUGGAUCCGAGAGCUACAAAUAUUAGAGAGGUCAAGGCUUUCACAGUAAACAAAGAAAAUGAUGCUUGGAAACCCGGAUCGAAGAUGCUAGCGUUGCUCACGAGUCCCAAUACAAACCAGCAAACAAAUUGUGUUCUGAUUAAGAGGAAACAUUUUGAGUGUGUGUGUGUUUUAUGUCAUCCGUGAUACAGCAACGACAAACCUUUGUUUAAUGACAUCUGAUUAAACACUUCUCAAAACUUG